AUGUUCUCUUCCCCUCUUAGAUCACCUAGGCCACAACUUCCUGUAGACAACCAAGAUAUCUCGCCGCUGUUGGCUGCUGAGCUGGCCAUUGAAUUCAACUCACUCAAAGCUCCCAAUGGCUGUCCAGAAGGUAUAUACAUAACGCCCUCCCAAGAAGGGCUGAUGAGGUGGAACGGGGUCUUCUUCGUACAUCGAGGUCCAUACGCAGGAUCAAUACUACGCUUCACCAUUCUCUUUCCUCCUACAUACCCCCAGAACGGUCCUACAUUGAGAUUCGACUCAGAUGUAUUCCAUCCUAUGGUAGAUCCCAAGACUAAGAUAUGGCAUGCUCGAGGUAGAUUAUCUCAAUGGAGACCGAGGAUAGAUCAUAUUUCUCAUCUGCUACAUUCCCUGAAGAAGAGUUUCAAGAGUAAAGAACUGGAUAGUAUUACAGAGGAUGAAGCUGUGAACAAGCAAGUAUGGUCUCUAUAUCACCACUCCCAUCAAACCUUCCUCUCCCUCACUUCCCAGCGCUCCCUCCAUUCAUCCGCACGUUCCACCCUCUUCCCCGAUGAAUACCCAGCACCACCAUCGCCCACAAGAGCACGCAAGAUCUCCGGACAGAGUAUGACGGAGGAGGUAGGUAAGGCUGCCAUCAGGUUUAGGGAGAUUAGCGGGGAGGAGGAAAAGAGGUUAUGGGAGGGGUUGAAGAGGAGUUUGGAGGGGUGA